CGCAUCGAACAUUAUGUAUGUUUUUUUUUAUUAUUAUCUUUUUUCCACACUUAACUCAAGCCCUGGCCUCCCCCUGACCACACCUGUAUAGAUGCUUUAUAGACUUCCUCAUACUUCAUAUCGGGCCAUGAGUGAUGGCGAUGUCUGCAGAGGCUUGCGGUACCACCGGUACGCAGAGCAGCACUCGUACGAAAGGCUUCGGCGCGCCGGAUCGCAACGGGUAUGUGAAAACACGCGUCACCCCGCGGUGCAGAGACCCGGACUGUGAAGCGUGGCUCAGGCUGAUGUUCAACAAACUCUGGAGCUCCCAGAGGGUCCGGUGGGCUGCGUGCGUGGGCUCGCUCUCCGUCUUUCUCGCCGCUCUGGUCAAAUGCGCAGGCUGGACAGCUGAGGCCAGCAGCAGCAGCAGCAGCAGCGCUGACAACACACUCUCGCCCUCACCGUCCCUCCUCCACUUUGUUUCAGACCGCGCAGCCGAGCUGUUGCAAACUUGCUGGAGUGCGCUGUCGUUGCUGUUUGCGCUCGUGUGUGCCUUCUUCUGGGUCGGCGUGUACUUGAUCCACUGCGGGGUGCUGAUCGAGACCCUCCUCUCCCUCCUGACCUUGUGCCACCUGGGCGAAGUCGCGGCGUGGUCCCUUCUGGACGGGACAGAUGAGCAGCUGCUCUCGUCCGCCACAGCGGCCGGGGUCGUGCUCCUUUGCGCGGUCGCUGGAGUACUCAUGGUAGUUCGGCUGAACCAGGGCACAUCGGUGAUCGUUCUCAUCAGCGUGGCCAGGACCGUCUCGCUCCUGUCGCUGCACAAAGUGCGAGCCGCCUGGAGACCGUACGUGGCGUACCUGGUCGGAGUGCUGGGCAUCCUGCUGGCGAGGUAUGCUGACAGGCUCCUGCCUAAACAAGAGACGCACAAGGAGGGCUGCACCCCCGUGACCGGAGCCAGGGAAGAGAUUCCUGUAUUUAAAAGGCGCAGGAGGUCCAGUUCAGUUGUAGCCUCAGACAUGGCACACAGUCAGUCCAACAGUAAGUCACACCGACGGACCUCUCUGCCAUGCAUCCAGAGGGACCAGAUGCUUUCCCGUUCAGAAUGGGACCACAAGAGAGGCUCCCGAGGAUCACAGUCCUCUGGCACGACUGUGAUGGUGGACAUAGCGGUGAUGGGAGAGGCCCACGGACUGAUCACAGACCUCCUGGCCGACCCCUCUCUGCCGUCCCACACCUGCACGUCGCUGCGCGCCGUCAGCAGCCUCCUCACCACCCAGCUCACCUUCCAGCCGCUCCACCGGCCGCGCCCCGCCCUCCUGCUCAACCCCUGCGAUGCCUACACCUGUUCUGACUCAGAAGAGGGACCCGAAAAGGGGGAGAAGACGUCGAUACACAAGCGUCUCAGGCGGAGUCUCCACCCCGGCCUUCUGAGGAGGAUUUCUUCCACGUGGACGACCACCACCUCAGCCACAGGACUGCCCACCAUCGAGCCCGGGCCUGUUCGAAGGGACCGCAGCUCCAGCAUCAAACCGUACCAUGAAACGCUCACAUGCAGUUGUGGGAGGCCGUACAUCAGACUGACCCACGGAGAGGGCUCUAUCGAUAAGGGAGAGAGGAUACCGCGAACAGAGGACUCUGUCGUUGUGUCAUCAGACUAUGACAGCACCCAUGAAGCCAACCACAGUGACAGCAGUGAUGUAGCACAAACAGAGGAGGACUCAGAAAAGGGAAAAAAGUCCUCCCCGAACGUCAUCCUCCAUGCACUAAUGCCUCCUGAGGACAAACCCAUUCUGGCACAAGAGCCAUUAGUAAUGGAAGAGCUGGAGCCUUUAAUGAGUCAAUUAAAUAAUUGGAACUUUCCUAUUUUCACUCUAAUGGAGAAGACAAAUGGAAAAUGUGGGAGGAUCCUCAGUCAGGUGUCUUACAGGCUCUUUGAGGACACUGGCCUGUUCGAGACCUUUAAGAUCCCCGUCAAAGAGUUCAUGAACUACUUCCAUGCUCUGGAGAGCGGCUACAGAGACAUACCAUAUCACAACAGGAUCCACGCCACAGAUGUGCUUCAUGCGGUCUGGUACCUCACCACGCAGCCUGUGCCUGGUCUACCCAGCCUCAUUAAUGAUCACAGCUCAGCCAGUGACUCGGACUCUGACAGUGGGAUAACACACAGUCACAUGGGCUUCCUGGUUUCAAAGACCUACACUGUGUCAGAAGACGGAUAUGGCUGCCUGUCUGGCCUCAUCCCCGCUCUGGAGCUGAUGGCGCUUUACGUAGCUGCUGCAAUGCACGACUACGAUCAUCCUGGGAGAACGAAUGCUUUCCUCGUGGCCACCAGCGCCCCUCAGGCAGUGCUCUACAACGAUCGCUCGGUCCUGGAAAAUCACCACGCCGCCUCUGCCUGGAACCUCUUCAUGUCACACCCAGACUACAACUUCCUGGUCAACCUGGACCACGUGGAGUUCAAACGCUUCAGGUUCCUGGUCAUCGAGGCCAUCCUGGCAACAGACCUCAAGAAGCACUUUGACUUCCUGGCUGAGUUCAAUGCCAAGGUGGGCGAUGAUCCGUCAACGGGUAUCGACUGGUCUAAUGAGAACGACAGGCUACUGGUGUGCCAGAUGUGCAUUAAGCUGGCAGACAUCAACGGGCCUUUAAAGUGCAAGGACCUGCAUCUGCAGUGGACCGAGGGCAUUGUCAAUGAGUUCUAUGAACAGGGCGAUGAGGAGUCCAGCCUGGGGCUUCCUGUCAGCCCCUUCAUGGAUCGAGCAGCGCCGCAGCUGGCCAAGCUUCAGGAAUCGUUCAUCACGCACAUCGUCGGACCGCUCUGCAACUCCUACGACUCGGCUGGCCUCAUACCCGGACGGUGGGUGGAGCCAGAGCCUGAGGAGGAGGAGCCAGAGAUCGCUGAAAGCGAGGAGGCAGAUGAAGACGGAUCCACCUGCUCUGACGCGUCGCAAAAAGCAGCUCCCAAGAAAAGGAGGAAAGCAUUCUGCCAGAUCACGCAGCACCUGCUGGAAAAUCACAAGAUGUGGAAGAAAGUGAUAGAAGACGAAGCGCAGAAUGAGGAGCAGGGAACGGAGUCCGCCCACUUAAACAAAGUCACUGAGCCGAUUCUGGCCAUUGACGAAGAAGAGGAGGAGUCGGGCAGCAGGGAAGAGCCGGUGGAAGGAGAGCAUUGUGAGGAGGAGACGGAGAAAGCCGAGUGGCCCGUUUCUGACAGGGACGACUCUCAGACUCCAGAACCGCAGUGAAACCUCUAAACACCCUCAGAUAGAGACGCAGCAUCAGUCAGGAUAAGGAUGUAAAGAAAUUUUCCUUUUGACCUCAUCCUGCUGACUCCUGUUUCUGCCAGCACAUUACUUAGACACAACACUGUAGAUGUUUGGGAAACGCGUGCCUACACAGAAAAAAAAAACAACAAAAAAACAAAAAAAACAGGGUGGGAAAUCUUGUGCUUUACAUAUUUAAUCUGAAUAUGUGGUUUUACCAAACAUUUAUAUGGGUUUUUCUUUUCUCACAUUGCAAUAAUGCAUUAUUCAUGGACUUAGGGAUACAGACUAUUUUGCUACUGUCAGGAGUUGAAGACAAACAGUUGCAUAGGUUUUAACAAAGCGUGGUAACACAGGACUGCAGAAAUCUGCUGCCUCUUUAUACAAAAAUGAUUUCCCGAAUGUGAUUAUAUAUAAACAUCACCAUCACAUGCUUGUGUUUUGAUUGUAGCUCAUCUUUUUUGGUUUAAGCUGUGCUAGUUUAUGUCUUUUUAUUUUUUUAUUUUUUUUAUAUCCACACAUAAAUUGUAAAGGGACCGAUUCACACACUAGGAAUAAUCUUCUUCCUUUCACCUCUUGACAGAAAUAAUCCCUCACUUGUGGGUUUUAGCACCCAAAGUCAAAUAUUUAUGAAUAUGAUGUUUGAUCUUUAUUGCCAAAUGAGGUAUUUAAUGCCGUCAUGUGGAGAUACGUCUCAGAAACGCAGAGGCAGCUCUGAACUGUCUCUAUGCGUCUGCAUUUGGGAGUUCCUCAGUUUUUACUCUAAUGUACACAUUUGUUCUCCAGAAGGCAGAAGGGCGAAAAACAUAAGUCAAAUGAUUUUCAUUUUUAAAAUGUAAACCUGAUGUCAAAGACACAACCGUUUUACAGCAUUGCCUGUCAAAAGUACUCAUACGCCUCUAUCUGCUUCCGAUCACAAUGACAAACUCGCUUCAGUCAGACCAAAGUUAAACUGCAAUUAAACGUGUUAAGCACUAUUUGAGAGAGAAAAAAGUAAUGCUGCAAUGCCAGCCUGAAUCCCAUCCGCACAGCGCGACAAAUAACGGUGGCAGCAUCAUGCUGUGAGCCGUUUUAUUCAUGAAAAGAUGAAUAGCCAAGCAGUAUUCUUGAGAUCGGGACUAAACCGUUACAAUCGAGCCAGAGCCAGACUGAAAUGGUUUCACUCAAACACAUCCGAACCAAAAAUCCCAAGAGAAUAUCUGACGAGACUCAAACGUUGCUGUUCAUGGAUGUUCUUUGACCCACCGGAUGGAGAAAGAGGAAUUGGAGAAGGAGAUUCUACAAAACAUGGACUGGAAUUCAAAACAGGUUAACUUUACAUUUUUACUCAUUUUUAAUUAUGCAAAAAAAAAAAGAAAA